GCUGGAGCUGAAUGACGGCAGCUAGGCCAGGACCAACAAAUGCGUGGUUUCCAUCGGCCGGAUUCAAUUGUGAGAGCACGACAGGCAAACCCACUCAGCCUCCUCGUCGUUAGCAAACAAUCUUGAUUACCUAAUACAGCCAAAGGAGACACUUAUCUGCGGGCGACGAGACGACCACAGAGGCCUGAGACGGGCGGUUCUUGCUAUGAGUGAUGAUGAGAGCGACGACGGCAGACGAGCGUCCAAGAAACGCAAGGCCAGCCGUGCUUGUGACCGAUGCAACUCUCAACACCAACCUUGCGACAAUGCUGUGCCCAAGUGCUCCGUCUGUGAACGUGCGGGUGCUGAUUGUACAUACAACAGACCCGUACGCAAGCGGGGUCCGCGCACCGGUUACACUGCUCAACAUGGCGAGCGACUCUGGGGUCUAGUGCUACAGACAAACCCAGGGAUUGAGGAUUUGGUGCUCCAGCUUUUGGCCAACGGUACGUACGGUGACACUGGCAUCUCCACCGCCGAUUAUUUCAGAAACAACGAUCACCAAUCAGAGCUUGUCAAACGAUUCAAUGAGAGCCGCCUCGGCAGAUUCGUGCAGACGGGCGAGAUGCCUGAUGUGCCGACGGACAAACCAUCAUUGGUCAUGCAAGGGGCCGUUCCUCCUACAACCAACCCGAGUCCCAGCCAGGAAAGCCAGACAAGCAGUCAUACCAAGCCAGCCAACGGGAUCAGAGAACGUGCAAGAACAUCCACAACCUCUGGGGUUCGAAGGCCGUCUGUUGUUUCAAAUCCUCAUGGUGCUCCUCAGAACCCUGGCGACAUUUAUAUACUGAGUGAAGACGUUCGAAAACAGGCCUCUCGUUCGGAACUGCCUCAGAUUUCCACGUACGAAAGAGGCCUAUCGCAAGGAACAGCUCAGACACCGGGCUGGCAAAGUUUCGCCUCUCACGCCAAUAUUAGCCAUGGCUCGGAUUUGGGCAUGAACGGUUUCGGGGCCCUCGUCAAUCGGCAAGCGGGCAAUGAUAAGCCUAGUCAACCACCGGGCGUGCAGCCGGGACUGAGGAGCCCUUCCGCUCACGAGAGCCAGCAUGAUGCGAGCAGCUUUGAUUUUGAUUUCCCGGAUGCCACUCAAUGGUCAGUUCUGUCUUGGUCUCCUCUGACUUCGUAGACUGGUUCAACUUCGUGUAUUUGGGAAACGAGUUGAUCACGGGCGAAACUGACACUCUAUAGGUACGAAUCUGUUCCCACUGAUACGUUGUUAAACCUCGGCUUUACCGCUGGCGAAGGCAUGGCAGAAGACUUCUUCAAUAUUUGCGAGAAUCCCGACCCCAUUGAAAUUGGACAUACGACCGCCGCCAACCAGAAUGAAGACGAAGAGGCUGUGUGGCGUCGUUUAGUGAUGCGAGGUCGUUUUCUUUGAGCGAUGUCCCUGUUCCCUCCCAUGAAAGUUGCUUGAACGGGCCUCGUUAGCCACUCGACUCAUCAGUGGACGUGGACAUAUCAUGGAUUUG